AUGCUGACCUUUUUUAAGAAGUGGAAGCAAGCAGGGAAUGAAGCCAAGCGCUCGAAGAGCCUUAUUUGGAGGUGGUUUCCCAAGAGCAAGGACUCCUGUGCUUUCAAAUCUAUGAAGAUCUGUGCAGACUUGUCCUCCGUGCUUUGUGUAAUCCUUGGCUGGGUUUGGGGCUUCAUCUAUAGGGAAGCUGGAAUCAAUUCAGUGAGGCUCAUCAAUGACAGCGAAAGCAAUGGCUUUGUUUUCCUUCUCCCCAGCUUUGACGGCAAAACUCCAGACCUCAUCGUGCCUGCAGUGAUGAUUGCAGUGGUGGGCUUCUUGGAAACCAUUGCCGUAGGUGGCAAGAUGGCCAACGAAAAGCGAUACAGCUACGAUGCAAACCAAGAACUUCUGGCCUUGGGUGCUGCGAAUGUUGGUGGAGCCUUCAUGGGAGCUUUCCCCAUUACAGGCGGCUUUUCCAGGACAGCAGUCAACGCCAUGUUUGGUGCGAGCUCCCCAUUGGCUGGUGCCUUGACAUCGAUCAUCGUGGUGAUUGCGGUGUAUUCCUUGAUGCCAGUGGUGGAGAUGCUGCCUUUGGCAGCCUUAGCUCCCUUGAUCAUCCAUGGUGCUAUUGGUGUUACUGACUUUAAGGCUUUCAUCCCCACCUUCAAGGGAAACAAGUUGGACUUCCUCAUCAUGUUGUUCACCUUUUUGAUGUCUCUUGGCUUGACGGUGAAGGAGGGCCUGAUCACCGGCGUGGCACUCUCCAUCCUGAAGCUCACCUAUGAAGUGGCUAUGCCCAACUUGGCCGUUUGUGGGCAGGUGGAAGAUGGGACCUUCAGAGAUGUGAGGUACUAUCCAGAGGGUCAGAUGAUACCCAAGAGCGUCGUAGUUCGAAUGGAUGCUGGAAUAAGCUUCGCAAACACCAGACGCUUGCAGGAGUUUUGCAUGCGUGCAAUGAGCGCCGCAAGCAAAGCUGACUCCUCGGUGUCACAUUUGAUCUUGGAUUGCAAAUCCGUCAACGGCACCGACAUGACUGGGUGUGAGGCCAUCGAAAACCUCGCCAUUUCGUUGGAGAAGCGCAAGAAAUCCCUCGUUUUGGCCAACUUGAAGGCACCGCUCACGAAGGCCAUGUUCGCAGCCGGGGUCGACAAGCACAUCGAGGCGCAUGGUGGGCACCUUUGUUGGAACAUGGCCCAAGCCAUCGCUUUAGUCAAUGGCGGCGAUCCCGCAGCAGCCAAAGGGUCUGUGGCUGAUCUUCACAGCCGAGUUCAAUCCAACGCAAUGACUUUCAAGCAAUGUAUCCCUCUCUGA